AUGUCUCAUCAGUCAGAUCAAAUUAUUCAUUUAAAUGUUGGUGGUACACGUUUUUCUACAUCAAAGCAAACAUUAACAUGGAUACCGGACUCAUUUUUUACGGCAAUGUUAAGUGGACGUAUAUCAACAAAUCGAGAUGAAAGUGGUUCGAUAUUUAUCGAUCGCGAUCCGAAAAUGUUUUCAAUUAUAUUAAAUUAUCUUCGUACAAAAGAAAUCGAUCUAAAUGGUUGUGAUAUAUCAAUGUUACGGCAUGAAUGUGAAUAUUAUUGUGUUACACCGUUAGUAAAACGAUUACAACUAUGUGAAGAUUUGGAGCGAUCACAGUGUGGAGAUGUAUUAUUUAAUGGUUACAUUAAUCCACCCGUCAUUCUACUACCUCAAUCUCAAACUGCAACAACAGCAACAACAGUAAAUUUACAUAAAAUAACAUCACUUAUUGAACCAACUACAGCGCCAAUUAUAUCCAAUAAUCAGAAUCCAUUAUCAAAUACAACAACAUCUGGUGGUGUAAAACCGGGCACCGUAUUUCGAUUGGGAACGGCGCAUUCAUUUACCGGAAACCAUUAUAGAAAUUCAUCACUCGAUUUCAGAAAUUCUGCAACGGAUUUUACUCAAGUAGCAGCUGUACAACAAAAUAAUAAUACCAAUAAUACUAUUAGUCGUGGUCAUUCUCGUGCCUCAUCAACUGAUUCAAUUUUAUGGGCGACUCAACAAUCCUCUUUAUCUUCUACAACAAAACAUCCUCUCCCUGGUUGUUUACGUACAGAACAAAAUCUAUUGAGUGUCACGUUGUUAGCUGGUCAUCAUAACUGGAUUGCUGCUGCCUAUUCAUACUACAUCAUUUGUUAUAAAAUGAAGGAUGCGAGUGGAUGGCAAACAAUGUUUCAUAGUGAACAUCAGGAAGAUGAAAUUUAUCGUUUAGCUAUUAAUGCUCGUACACAACAAGGUGAAACAAAAGAGUCAAAAUUAGUUGCUAUUGCAUUUAAACAAAGUGUUCGACUUUGGAGUAUUACAGAUGAGACAAACACCAUUAUUGGUACAUUUCUAUUCGGUGGAGUAGUUGACAAUCUAUUCUUUAUUGGUUCACAAUUAGUAGCAUGUGGUGGUGUGAGAAAAGUGGGUGUUUGGCAUUCACUAUCUCAACAAUGGCAAACACAAGAAUUAACACCUAUUAAAAGUUUUGAUACGGCUGGUUCAUUUCUUUUACUUGGUGGAGAGACUGGGUCAAUUUAUUAUUUUGAUAUGCAAAAAUUCCCAUUAAGAAUGAAAGAUAAUGAUUUACUCAUUACUGAGAUCUACAAGAUUGAAAUUGCUUAUGGUACAAGUUCUGGAAUCAUACGUGUCAUUGUUCAACAUCCUGAGACAGUUGGGCACGGACCUCAACUAUUUCAGACAUUUUGUGUUCAUCGCAGUCCUGUAACAAAAGUAUUUGAUAUAAUGUUGUCGGAACGUCAUUUGAUUAGUGUAUGUGCAGCAAACAACCAUGUCAGAACAUGGAAUGUAACAAGAUUUCGGGGAAUGAUUUCUACACAACCGGGUUCAACACCGCUAGCAUCCUACAGAAUUGUAUCAAUUGAACCAGCACGUUCGAUACAGUCGUAUACAGCAGGCAAUGACAUCGGUCCUUAUGGGGAUCGUGAUGAUCAACAAGUAUUUGUACAAAAAGUGAUACCAUAUGACACAGAGCAGAUAUACAUACGAUUUUGUUCGACGGGUAAACGUGUUGCUAUUGUCAAAUCUGUUGAUAACUCGCCAAUAACGUGUUUUACUGUUCAUGAAUGCGAGGGACCAUCGCGUUUAAGCACAAGACCACGACGAUUUAUUUUUACUGGACAUGAAAACGGUAGCAUUCAGGUGUGGGAUUUGACAACGGCAAUCGAAUUAUGUUCGGCAAACAGCGGUGCUGGUGGUGGAAAUUGUUCGGAAAAUCAAAUAGCCGUCAAUGGUGGUAUAAUUAAUAAUGGCGGUCCAACACCUAUUGAACUUGUUAAACUACUCGAUCAUUGUGAUUUUUCUCACAUAUCAUCACGUUGUACAACGCCAUGCUGUAGUCUGAGUGGAGUGGCCAGCAAUAAUGUUGCCCAGCAACAACACCGUCCACAACAGCAGCGCCAAACAAAUAUCAACAAUAGUAUUCCAACUAAUACACAUCAUGAUGAAAAUUCAAUGCUUAAUCAUUUAUUAAAACUCGAUAAAAGUUAUACUUUAUGGAGUGCAUUAUGUGCACGUCCUACAUCAUCAUUUUUAUGGUUGAGACCAUUUGUUAUGGCUAUUGAAUUCUCGGGUAGCGGUUAUGUCUGGAUACCAUAUUCUAUUUUCAUGAUUUAUUAUAAAUUUCAUUCGAUUGACCAAUGUAUCAGUUUUAUGAUUUUAUUUAUUGGACUUAUGUUCGAUGUUGCUGUUGUUGGUACAAUGAAAGGACUUGUACGACGAAAACGACCAGUAUAUAAUUAUGAUGAUCCAUUAAGUAUUGGUCCGGAUAAAUAUUCAUUUCCUAGUGGUCAUACAAGUCGUGCUAUCUUUUUGUUAUUUUACUUUUUAAAUGUGACAUUGUUCAAUGUACCAAAAUAUAUUCUAUCUAUAUGGCUCACAUUGGUUGUAGCAUCUCGAAUUUUACUUGGAAGACAUUACAUAUCCGAUGUUAUUGUCGGAUGUUUUGUGGGUGUUGGUGAAUGUUGGUGUAUUUUAGAAUUUGUACCAUAUGCAACAAAGCUUCUAACGUCUAUUUUUGGUACACCGGGUUCGAAAAUAUAA